AUGGUGACAGCUCCGUUCGUAGUGCCUGCUUUAAAAAAGCACACUGCCACCGUUAUCAUGGCCCAUGGCCUUGGCGACGAGAUGAUGCUUGCUCGGAAUUGGCGCCGUCGAGGCAUGUUCGAUGAAGUGUCGUUCAUAUUCCCUAACGCGCCCUCAAUCCCAAUUACAGUUAAUUUCGGCAUGACCAUGCCGGCUUGGUACGACAUCGCAACGCUCUCGGUCACUAAAACGAAAAUGCAGGCCACUGAGGAAGAAUUCCUUAGACAGCAAGACGAGCCGGGAAUCCUGCGAUCUCGUGAUUAUUUCAACUCCCUCAUCAAAGAGGAAAUGGACAAAGGAAUCAAACCUUCCCGUAUCGUUCUUGGCGGCUUUUCACAGGGCGGAGCAAUGUCGCUGAUAACUGGCCUCACAUGCAAAGAGAAGCUUGGAGGAAUUUUUGCUCUUUCCUGCUACCUGCCUCUUUCCAACAAGAUCAAGGAACUACUUCCCGAAAACUGGCCGAAUGAGAAGACACCGGUCUUCAUGGCACACGGGAAUGCGGAUUCAGUUGUGAAGUUUGAGUUUGGGCAGAGUUCGGCCAAGCAUCUCAAGGAGAUGGGCAUGGAGGUCGACUUCAAUGAAUACCCUGGAAUGGGCCACUCAGGUGACCCUCUCGAGAUCCAAGACCUUGAGAAGUUUUUGGCGAAGGUAAUUCCGCCAGAGUCGAAAGAGGCUUCGCCUGGAUUAUGA